AUGACGUUUACGAAAAAACAUGUAGAUAUUCUUAAUAAAUAUCAUCAAAUACAGCCUAUAUGCAUGCAACUAACAAAGGCGACACAGCCAUGCGACCAUGAUGCAAUACCGAUGAGCUUCAUAACAGAGCAAGAAAUAUCAGAAGCAUCAGCCAACGAACAAAAUCUUGAUCGAUUACCGCCAUCUUACAUGUACUCGGUGAUUUUCAAGGAUAUAAUAUUAGAAAUCGAUGACGAUGACACCAAAUCUAUGAAUACUUUAGUGAACUUUUGCCAACAACAAAAAAUUUGUGAAAAAGACAUAGAUGAAUUUAAGCGUAUGUACUACGAAAGCUCAGCAGUCUGGUGGUAUACGAAACCAAUGUUUCUCUAUGGUAUGCUUAACCGUGCUUUGCGAAUGCUUGAUAUGGAGGUGAUGACAAAAUUCGGAUUUUUUAUUCGACGUUUACAUAUUGAGCUGAAGCAAUUGCACCAGGAACAGUUGGCAGAUUUACAGAAAGUGUCUACCGUGUAUCGUGGCCAAGGGCUCAGUCAACAAGACGUUCAACAUCUGGUUGAUACAAAAGGUGGUCUACUAUCUUUCAACAAUUUCUUAUCGACUAGUAAAGAUAGAGACUUCUCUAUUAUGUUUGCUGAAAGUGCGUCGAGUGCCGAGACCGAUACUGUAGGCGUCCUUUUUAUUAUGAGUAUCGAUCAAACUAAAAUAUCAACUUCAAUUACACCAUUUGCAAUGAUCGAUAACGAGAGUGCUUUUCAAUCGGAAGACGAAAUACUAUUUACAAUGCACACUGUGUUUCGUGUUGGUGAAAUUAAACAGACGCCUGAGAAUAGUCGGCUUUGGGAAGUGCAAUUGACUAUUACUGACGAAAGUGAUCCACAACUUGCUGGUCUUACUGAUCGCAUCAAAGAGGAAAUCGAUGGUCGAGGAUGGUAUCGAAUGGGUAAAUUGAUGCUCCGAGUGGGCCAUUUCAAUCAAGCUGAAGAACUCUACAAUGAAUUACUCGAGGAUGCUUCCAAUGAUAGUGAUAGGGCAUUUAUCUAUCACCAGCUUGGAGAUGUAAAAAAGAAUCAAGGAAAAUACAAUGAGGCAGUUUCUUUUUAUGAAAACUCUUACAGUAUCAAGCGGAAAAGUCUUCCAGAAGAUCAUCUGGGCUUAGCUAUUUUUUACAACAACAUUGGUCAACUGUAUAAUAAAAUGGGUGAUUACUCAAAAGCACUUGAAUUCUACGAGAAAACACUGGGAUUAAAUGGAAAAGGUCUGCCUCCAAACCAUCCAGAUUUGGCCACUUCUUAUAAUAGCAUAGGAUCGGUAUAUGAAAACAUGGCAGACUAUUCGAAGGCACUCUUGCUUUAUGAAAAAAGUCUCGCUAUCCGUAAAGAAGUGCUCCCUCCGAAUCAUCCUGAUGUAGGUGACUCAUACGAUAACAUUGCUGGCCUGUACGAAGUCAGAGGCGAGUACUCUAAAGCACUUGAGUAUUACGAAAAAGCGUUUAAGAUUUACCAACGGGUACUGCCACCAAAUCAUCCACGAUUAGCAGCUUCUUAUGCGCUCAUUGGCUCUGUUUAUGACAACUUUGGCGACUACGAAAAAGCACUUCAGUUUUACGACAAAGACCUUCACAUCUGCCAGUUAGCUUUUCAUUCCAACCAUCCUGAUUUGGCCAAUUGUUACAGCUACCUCGGUUCGGUAUUUGACAGAAUGGGUCAAUAUUCAAAAGCACUCGAGUACUACGAAAAAGUAUUUCGGAUUUACCAGCAGGCAUUACCAUCAAAUCAUCCUCAGAUGGUUUCUUAUUAUAGUAAUAUUGCUUUGACAUACAAGAACAUGGGUCAGCAUGAAACGUCUCUGAAGCACUAUGAAAUAGCACUGGAAAUUGCAUGUGCCAUUCUACAAGCAAACCAUCCUGAAUUGGCAACUUUAUAUAAUAACAUGGGUUCAGUGUAUUUUAGCAUGAAUGGUUUUCCAAAAGCACUAAAAUUUUACAAAAAAGCACUCAAAAUCCGUAAGAAAGUACUGUUAAGAAAUCAUCCCGAUCUGGCAGCUUCUUACAACAACCUUGGUGUGGUUCAUACCGAGUUGAAUGAGUUAAAAAGUGCCCGACAAUACUAUUUGAAAGUACUUAAAAUCUAUGAAGAAAGAAAUGUUACAAACCACCCUAAUUUGGCUGCUUCCUACAAUAACCUCGGUUAUGUACAUGAAAAAAAGGGUGAACACUCAAAAGCAAAUUAA